AGAGAGGGAGAGAGAGAGAGGGAGAGAGCGAGAGCGAGAGAGAAACAGAGAGAGAGCGAGAGCCAGUGAGCGUGAGCAUUAGCGAGACAGGAGAGAAAGAGAAAGAGGGAAGCGCAGCGCUGCACUAGCUUUUCUGCGUGAGGCGAGAGCAGACACAGGUUCAGUAUUCCCCGGCCAUCUGGGUCACUCGGAUAAAGGAGCGCUUUCCAAAAAAAAACAAAAGAAAGCAACGCAGGGCCCUUUCUCCACGUGCCGCCCUUUUCCUGGGGACUUCUUGCUUUUUUUUUUUCGUUUUCCAUCCGCGCCCCUCGUCCUUUCUCCCGCCGUCCCCGUUCCCCCUCCUCCUGGCGUGGCUGCAGACGGAGCAGGGCACGGACCGUCGUCCACAGCUCCACCGAACGGCUGCGAGGUGCUGAUGCUGUGUUUCUGAAGAAGCAGAACAGCCCCGGUUGAUGCAGUGAAGAGCUCCUUGAGGAAAAUCGCGAGCAAGGGGACUCAUGGGAAAUCUCCUGAAAGUGCUGUCUUGUGCCGAACUUGAGCAUGGCCAAAUAGUUUUCCUUGACUUUGAACACGCCCAGCCCACAGAGGCCGAGACAGCGGUAUGGAACCAGGUGAGCGCCGUGCUAGAAGAGGCUCAUGGGAUAUUGGCAGAGCUGCAGUCUUACAACGGGGCAGGGCAGGAGAUAAGAGAGGCUAUUCAGAACCCAAGUGACCUACAGCUGCAGGAGAAGGCUUGGAAUGCAGUCUGCCCCCUGGUGGCCAAACUGAAGCGCUUCUACGAGUUCUCCCUCAGGCUGGAGAACGCGCUGCGCAGCCUGCUGGAGGCGCUAACGAGCCCGCCCUACGCCCCCAUGCAGCACCUGGAGCGCGAGCAGGCCCUGGCCAAGCAGUUCGCCGAGAUCCUGCACUUCACCCUCAGCUUCGACGAGCUCAAGAUGACAAAUCCAGCCAUUCAGAAUGAUUUCAGUUACUACAGGAGGACCAUCAGUAGGAACCGGCUAAACAACCAGCAGCUGGAUGCUGAGAAUGAGGUGAAUAAUGAAAUGGCCAAUCGAAUGUCACUGUUCUACGCGGAGGCCACGCCCAUGCUGAAGACCCUCAGCAACGCCACCACUAAGUUUGUGUCAGAGAACAAGACGCUGCCAAUUGAGGACACAACAGACUGCUUGAGCACCAUGGCGUGUGUGUGCAGAGUCAUGCUGGAGACCCCCGAGUACAGGUGCCGCUUCACCAACACGGACACCAUGCUGUUCUGCAUGCGGGUGAUGGUGGGCGUCAUCAUCCUCUACGACCACGUCCACCCCGUGGGCGCCUUCGCCAAGACCUCCAAGAUCGACAUGAAAGGCUGUAUCAAGGUUUUGAAAGAACAGCCUUCAAACAGUGUGGAGGGACUACUGAAUGCACUGAGGUACACAACACGGCAUCUAAAUGAUGACAGCACCUCCAAACAAAUCAGAGCCAUGCUGCAGUGAGAGAGGGAGGAGGGGAGAGAGGGGGGAGUGCAGGAUGGACGGAGAGUGGAGAGAGAGAGAGAGAGAGAGAGAAAAAAAGGCAAAGGAGGUACAAACAGGGGUGGCUGGCAGUCUUGGGCGACCCAACCUCAGAAACCCGUCUGUUUACAAGAAUGAAAUGCAAAACAAUUUCAAUGUCAAUAACCUGAAAGGCGGAGAAAAGAAAAAAAUAUAUAUUGUCAAUCACUCAUCUUCAUGUCUCUCAUUUUGUAAAAAAGGAGAAAAUAUAGAGAUAUAUAUUAAAGUAAAAAAGUGAAAACAGAAUUACACACAAAGUAGAAGAUGAACAUAAAGACAGGAGAGUAAACGGGAAAACUAUAUUAAAAUUCUACGGUCAAGAAAACGAAAAAAGGUCCAUAUUCCAAUGUAAGUCUGAAGAGUAUUUUUGCACUCACAAAGAAAACAAUGCCAUCACUGGUUUUACUGUAAAGAAAAAAAAUCUAGAAAUUAAGUGUACAGUUAAACUCUAUGUACCUGCAUUUUGAUUAAUUUGACUUGACACCAUGGCCUCAUUUUACCCGUAGUCACCUUUAGCCCAUGACAAUGCCUCUUUGCAAUAUGGGUAAUGUAGUUCAUUUUUUCUACACGGCACAAAAGAUAAAUUCCCUCAAUGCCACUACUUCUUCAGUUGAGUUACAGUGAUUUUGAUUGGGCAGUUAUACAUACCGUGUCAUAUAGUAUAAAUAAAUCCAACAGAUAUUAUGAAUAGGCUUAUUACAAAACAUAAAAAAACAUUUUCAGGAUAUUUAAAUCACCAAAUGCAUAUUUCAGAGUGUUAUACAUGACUGUAUAUACUCUAAAAGCACAGUAUGAACACAAGAAGCUAUUUUCUAUGAUGUUUGAAUAAAAUUGGGUGUUUUUUAAAAACACACAGGUAUACAAUAGGAUACUAGAAUAAUUAUUUCACUAGGUAUUUUAUGGCCUUCAACAAAAAGCUAACGCCACACAGAUAGACAAGGAGAUUGGAAACACAAUCAACAUGAAAUAACACCUCGCACCCUAAUGAACUUCUCUCCUUAAUUUGUCUUCACUUUAAAUGGUGCUAUUAGCAUUUAAUGUAAAACGGCCUGAAUCUGCUCCAGUCAUAUCAAUGUGUUCAUCCUGAACCAGUCUCCAGUGUAAUGGGUUAAACCAGGAUCCAUAAUCAAUGCUACAGCACAGUCAACAUCUAUUCGCCAUAGAAAUAUUGCUGUAAUGCUCCUUCACUUUUAACUACCGUAAAUGACUGUUUCUAAACUGUGACCUACCCAACAAGGGGGGUCACGUGCAUGUUACAAUAAGAGAAGAUCCAUUCCCCUUCAGUAUGCAGGCCCCAAUGAUCCUCUAACAAAUAUAUCUCACAGGUGUGCCAUGAGUAGGCCAAGCAUGGUCAUUAAAAAACACAAGCCAAGUUGUUUUCUGGACUGUUUUUAGUCUUGGGGGAAUGUUUUUUUUUUCUUCUUCCAAGAGAACAUAAACUGUCAUCUCCGCUAUGAAAAUAUACUUAAAAGGUAACACGGAAGACAAAGACUAGCUUAGCCGCUGCCCUAAUGCAGAAUGGGAGUCGGGGUCCAAGACCAUGUGACCUCGAGUCCCGUGCAGUUAUGAGAACAAAGCGAGCCGCGGGCGAAGUCGCGAGAGAAACGGUGUAAAUAAGGGCGCGAGUCUCUACAAAAAAAAAAAACCCCAGGCUACUCCACCAGGCAUCAAAGUAGGCUGGGUGUGGAUGGCUAUGAAAAUAAUGUGCUUAUGAUCAACUAGAAAAUCCUUCUUUUAGUAUGAGGCAAUUAAAAAAUAAGUAAUUUAAGUGGGGGAUUUUUUUUAUCAAAGGAGAUAAACGCAGUGCUGUACCGUGGAUGUCCCUAGCCCUUAGAAAGUCAAACUUAAUUUGAUCUUAUAAUAUAUUUUCUAUACAGGUAUAUGUGUACAUGCAUAUACUGUAUAAAUAUAUAGAUGGCAUGUUGUAAAAGUUCUGACGAGACGUGUAAAUACAGUGUUUUUAAUUCAUUUUUAUUGUUCAGUGAAUCUGGAUUGGGUAUGUGUCGUCUAUCUAACCCAUGCUCUUGGCUUGGACCUUUGGACUGGCCGUAGUCAUAGGUUUCAGAUUUAUUACUUCAUAUUGAUGAAAGAAACUGAGAAGGGUGUCCAUUUGCUUGUUAUUUUGUACAUUUUGUGCAACAAUAAACUUGUCAUUUAUUACAUUCA